UUAGUAUCUUCCAUAUUUACGACCGGUCGAAUCGGAGAGGUGAAUAGGGUAACGAAAGAGACUAACGUGUUUGUGAAGAUAAACUUGGACGGAACGGGUGUGGCUGAAAACUGCACUGGAAUUCCAUUUCUUGACCAUAUGUUGGAUCAACUUGCAUCACAUGGGUUGUUGGACAUGCAUGUGAAGGCCAAGGGGGACAUUCACAUAGAUGAUCAUCACACAAAUGAAGACAUUGGGUUGGCUAUUGGAACAGCUUUGUUGGAAGCACUUGGAGAUAGAAAAGGAAUCAACCGGUUUGGUGACUUCUCAGCUCCUCUGGAUGAAUCAUUGAUACAUGUCGCAUUGGAUUUAUCUGGACGACCACAUUUAAGUUAUGAUUUACAAAUACCUACCCAGAGAGUGGGAACAUAUGAUACUCAGGAUUUUCUAGCUGGUAGAACACUUCUUCCAGUCCGUGGUCAACACUUCUGGAGUGACACUUCAUAUACGACAGCUAGCUGGAAAAAAUUCUCAUCACAUUAUUGAAGCCACCUUUAAGGCUUUUGCAAGAGCCCUUAGACAAGCAACUGAGUAUGACUUGCGUCGUCAUGGAAGUGUACCGAGUGAAAAUACCAAGUGGUCCGGACUCCAGAAUAUCUGCGUUGCAAAAGUGAUGUUUUGCCGUGGAACUAUAUUUUCCUACUUUCCUGCCAAAUUACAUUUCUUUUUUAAGUAAACGUACUUUUCAUCUUCUGAAAGGGCUCAUUUAGUGAGUCAUCCUAAAUGCGCUUUCAGGUAGUUAUGGUUUUGCGUCUAAUUGGACUUCCUUCUGGACUGUAGCUGAUGAUUAGUAUAGUUCCCUUUGCUCAAAGGGGGUUCUUUCACGUGCUUAAAGUGUUUAAAUUUGAUGGAAUGUGGAUGCCCUAGACUACCUCAGUAUUUAUCAAAGGACUACCACUGUUAUAUGAAGAAUAUGAUGGUGUUGCUGUAUGCCAUCCUUUUCAACAACAGAUAGAUGGCACUGUAGUUUUUUAGAACAUUAGAGCCUUGUGAUGUAAUUUGCCAAGAGGAUAAUCAUUGUAUCAUAAGUAAUUAUUAGUCUUUCUCAAUAAAGUAAUUUAUGCCCCUUUAACAACCUUCCAUUGCCCUUUUAGUUGAGAGUUUGCUAAGACCUACUUGCUAGUUUGGUGUUGUAUUUGCUGUUGAGGC